CCUUUGGGGGACAGGAUGUCCAUGGACAGCCUCCCCCAGUGAGGCCCGGGGCCGAGGCGCGCUCUUUCUUGCCGCCUGGCUUCCUUUGUGGGAGCUAGGACAAGGAGCCAUCCAGAGCCCACUUCUCUGUCUCUGUGGGAGGACUUUGUGCAGCCCAGUUCCCCUAAGUGACCCUGACUGGUCUGGUCCUGAGUUCUGACACUGCCCUAAUCAACCCGUCAGUCCACUUGAAUGUACUGUGUGGUAGCCGUGUGCAGGUGGCCACGGGUCACCUGGGUGUGCCUUUGGGGUUUAUUCUUUGUCCCUGGUGAGUCAAGCUUAGCGUCUGCUUCCUGGUGGCCAUGUCCUGAGCUGCUUUCUCCUGGCACACCCUUGUGCCAUGAUGUCCUGCCGCACCUGGGCCCGGAGCAACAGCGACCUCGGAAACGUGAGCCAAAUUAACCUUUCCUCCUCUAAAGUUGUUCUCGUCAGGUCUUUUGGUCACAGCGGCAAAAAAUCUGACCGAAACAACACCCGAAAAGUGAUGAGCCCCACACCAAGCAGCAGUCGCUUCUCCUUGAUGCCAGACACUGGGGGUUUUUGACCUGCCGAGGACGGAGGGAAAUGAAGUCAGGGUGAGCACAGGCAAGGUGGAUGUGUGGUGAUGGCUUCAGGCACAGCUGGCUCAAGCGCAUCCCUGUGCUGAGGACAAGGCACAUGGCCUGCAAAGAACACACGACCCUGAGCUGACCCUGGUUCGGGGGCAGCACACAUCAAGCCCUGGGGCUGCUGUCCAUUGUGAGCGGAGGCCAAGGGGUAUUCUUGUCCUUUGUGGUGCUGGCCCCUGACUUACAAGGUGAGCACCCACGGAACAUGGGCUAGGGAGGACUCCCUCCAUGAAGGGGAGGUGGCACGCAGUUCAGGUAUACACCCACAGUUGGCAUGAUUUCCUUGAAUUCUCCAAAGUCCAUUUUGCAAUUGAAGAGGCAGGCUCAGAGAGGUUAAGUAGCAGCCCUUGGGUCACACAGGUGGGAGUAUCAGCCAUAAAUCUAAGUAAAGUGGCCUCAGAUCAUAGGUCCAAUGGUCCCACAGGGCCCAGCCCAGCCCAGGAAGGAAAGCAGCCUGGCAGGAAGGUGAGUCAGUCUCUGUUACAACUAAAUCUGGCUCCUUAAGUUGGGUGCUGUGAUGGUCAAUCUCAUGUGUCACCUUGGCUAGGUCUGGUGCCCAGAGAUGUGGCCUGUCACAUGUCUCAGUGAAGUUUGUUUUUUUUUUUUUAAAUUGUAGAUGAACACAAUACUUUUAUUUAUUUUUAUGUGGCGCUGAGGCUGGAACCCAGCAUGGCACAUGUGCGAGGCAGCUCCCGCCUCGAUAGUGAAGGUCAAUAUUUCAAUCAGUAGCUGUGCAGUAAAGCCAAAGAUCCCCCACGUGGGUGUGUCUCAUCCAAUCUGUUGAAGGCCCCCCCCCCCAAGAGAAAGGCAGAGGCGGGGACCGGGAUGGGAUUCCACCUGCAGAGGCCCUGGGAGUCAAGUGCAGUCCUCCGCAAGUGCCCCUGUCAGCUGGCCUGCAGGGUGCACACUGGCCAGGCCCAUGGCCUCAUGCCGACUCCUAAAAAUCCUCGCUGGUCUGUAGGCACAGAGGCCUGUUGGGUCGGGAGAGGCAGCCCAGUCACAGAAAGGACCCGGCCACCCCGCGACGGGCCGGAGGGGAGUGGCCGGGGUGCGGGGAAGGCGUGGCCGGGGCUGUGGGAGGGCGUGGCCGGGUCUUUGGACGGGCGUGGGGCGUGGUCAGGCCUUCGGGACUAGCAGAUGGGCCCUGCCGCUGGUCAGACCCGGCCCAGUCAGCGCAGAGCCCGACCCCACCAGUGCCGCGCAGCCAGCCGGUGUCCUCGCCGCCAUGCGUUCGCUUGGGGACCAGGUGCGCGACUGGCACCUGGGCGCACAGGCUGUGGCGCGCGGGGACUGGAGCAGUGCGCUGCGCCUCUUCUCGGGCAUCUCAGAGCAGCCCGCUAGGAUUCUCUUCAACGUGGGCUGCGUGCAUCUGCUGGCUGGGGACCCCGAGGCCGCGCUGCAGGCAUUUGACCAAGCAGUGACGAAGGACCCCUGCAUGGCUGUUGGGUUUCUCCAGCGAGGAGUGGCCAACUUCCAGCUGGAGAGGUUCCAGGGGGCCCUGUCCGACUUUCAGCUGGCCCUGGCACAGCUGAGGGGCAACACUGUCAUCGACUACACACAGCUGGGCCUGCGCUUCAGGCUGCAGGCUUGGGAGGUGCUGUUCAAUGUGGCAUCUGCACAGUGCCAACUAGGGCUGUGGACCCAGGCUGCUGACACCCUGGUGGAGGCCAUCUCCAAGUGGCCAGAGAGGGCCCAGGACGGCCUGGACACCGCUUUGAACCAAGUGCAGGUGGUAGUGUCUGCCAUCCCCAGUGACCAACACUCAGGUCUCCAGCCUCAGCAGGGAUGGAGAGCUGACAACAAAGCUGGUCUGGAGACUGCACCAUGGGCCCGAGGCUUAGACCGCCAGAGAGCUGGCGCCCACCGCAGUCCUGACCCUGCAGAGACGGAGGUGGCUUCGGACCAGGCGCCGCAGGCUGAGCUCUUCGUGCCAGGCAUCAGCCGCGAGCCAGCGCGUGAGCCCGGGGGGCACCAGGUGGAGCCAAGUGGCAAGAAGACACCUGCACCCACAGGGCCACCAAUAUCUGGGGGGCCUGGUCCCAACGCCUGUGAGGACCCCUUGGGUGCUGGGGGAGCAGAUGCAGAAGGCCCUGAAUCCUCUGUGACUGUCACCGUGCAGUGUGCCUUCACAGUGGCCCUGAAGGCCCCAAGAGGAGCUGAUCUGUCCCACCUGCGGGCACUGCUGGCUCAGGCCCUCCCGCACCAGGCCCAGCAGGGGCAGUUCAGUUACCGAGCCCCCAACGAUGCUGCACCCUGGACCCCCCUCCCUGGGGAGGAGCAGCUGCAGAGUGCCUGGAGGGACGCGGCCCUGGGGCCCCGAGGGCUGCAGCUCCAGUGCCGGGGGGCUGGGGGCCGUCCGGUCCUCCGCCAGGUGGUGGCCCAGCAUGACUACCUGGCCCAGGAGCCAGAGGACCUGGACCUUCGUCGCGGGGAUGUGGUGGAUGUCCUGUGUGAAGGUAGUCGGGCACAGCCCUUCCCUGGCACUGUGGGGGCUGCCCAGGCACAGGGUGCUGCUGGGCUGAGUGUUACCCACGUGUCUCACAGUGGACGAGGCGUGGCUGGAGGGUCACCUGGAUGGCCGCAUUGGCAUUUUCCCCAAGUGCUUCGUGGUGGCAGACAGCACCUGUGAGGAGCCCACACCCGGCCCCAGACCCCAGGCCCAAGCUGUCCAGGAGAGACUUUAAUAAACUGUCCCUACCA